AUGGUGCGGCGAUCCCUGGCAGCCAGAAGGAAAAAGCAGAAGCAUUCGGCGCUCAGUGACGGCAAAGGUGGAGGUGUAGUGGAAGAGCGCAUGGGGGGGGGGGGGGGGGGGAGCAGGUCUGAUGGCGGCUCGUUUCUCUCUCUCUCUCUCCACAGUGACUUCCUCAUCCUCCCGGGCUUCAUCGACUUCACAGCGGACGAGGUGGACCUGACCUCGGCGCUGACCCGCAAAAUCACCCUGAAGACCCCGCUCAUCUCCUCCCCUAUGGACACCGUCACCGAGUCGGACAUGGCCAUCGCCAUGGCGCUGAUGGGUGGAAUUGGGAUCGUCCAUCACAACUGCACCCCGGAAUUCCAGGCCAACGAGGUCCGCAAGGUCAAGAAAUUUGAGCAGGGCUUCAUCACGGACCCGGUGGUGCUCAGCCCCGCCCACACGGUUGGCGAUGUCUUCGAGGCCAAGAUCCGGCACGGCUUCUCGGGCAUCCCGGUCACGGAGACGGGCAAGAUGGGCAGUAAGCUGGUGGGCAUCGUCACCUCGCGAGACAUCGACUUCCUUUCUGAGAAGGACUACGGCACCCCCCUCAGCGAGGUCAUGACCAAGCGCAACGACCUGGUUGUGGCUCCGGCGGGUGUCACCUUAAAGGAGGCCAACGAGAUCCUGCAACGGAGCAAGAAAGGGAAGCUCCCCAUCGUGAACGACGUGGACGAGUUGGUGGCCAUCAUCGCCCGCACAGACCUGAAGAAGAACCGCGACUACCCGCUGGCCUCCAAGGACUCGCGCAAGCAGCUGCUCUGCGGGGCGGCCAUCGGCACACGCGAGGAUGACAAGUACCGCCUCGACCUCCUCAUGCAGGCGGGCGUGGACGUGGUCGUGCUGGACUCCUCUCAGGGAAACUCGGUCUACCAGAUCAACAUGAUCCACUACAUCAAGCACAAGUACCCGGAACUGCAGGUCAUCGGCGGCAAUGUGGUGACAGCCGCCCAGGCCAAGAACCUCAUCGACGCCGGGGUGGACGCCUUGCGCGUGGGCAUGGGCAGCGGCUCCAUCUGCAUCACACAAGAAGUGAUGGCGUGUGGCCGGCCGCAAGGCACAGCAGUCUACAAGGUAGCCGAGUACGCCCGCAGGUUUGGCGUGCCCGUGAUCGCGGACGGCGGCAUCCAGACCGUGGGACACGUGGUGAAGGCUCUCUCGCUCGGCGCCUCCACCGUCAUGAUGGGUUCCUUGCUGGCAGCCACGACGGAGGCUCCGGGGGAAUACUUCUUCUCCGACGGGGUGCGGCUGAAGAAGUACCGGGGGAUGGGCUCCCUGGACGCCAUGGAGAAGAACAGCAGCAGCCAGAAGCGCUAUUUCAGCGAGGGGGACAAGGUGAAGGUGGCACAGGGCGUCUCGGGCUCCAUCCAGGACAAGGGAUCCAUCCAGAAGUUCGUGCCCUACCUGAUUGCUGGCAUCCAGCACGGCUGCCAGGACAUCGGAGCGAAAAGCCUCUCCGUUCUGCGGUCGAUGAUGUACUCCGGAGAACUGAAGUUCGAGAAGCGGACGAUGUCGGCCCAGAUCGAGGGCGGGGUCCACGGUCUCCACUCCUUUACAUUUCUGCCAUGUAAGUAA